AUGCUGAAUCGGUCGGCUUCGGCGGUUUGCUUGCCACGCCAACUCCAGGAUGCACCGCUAGGCCAGCGUACAUACUCUACAGCCUGUCUGUCCGGCACGAUGAGCUACAAAAUAGACACCCAUGGCCACUCUGAUUAUGCUCAAGGCUUAUGCACCUCAGCUCCCGUCGGGCUAUCAGAUGAGGAAACCUGCAGCAGUAGUGAUUCUGGUUCUUCCCCAGCUCCCCGUCUUCAGCGUUCACUUAGCUCAAUGGGUAGCCGAAAGGUCUCGACAGAAGCCUUUGAAGAUGCCAUUGAGUCUGUGGACUUCAAUUUGAGUCCUCGCACGCAGUUCGAGGCACACUAUUCUGCAUUUUCCUACAACCUUAGAAUGCCUCGACCUGUAGCCUCUCGAAAUGAGGCAAGAUCUUCCCUAGUCACACGCAAUGCAGGGCCCCCCGUCACAGGAGCUCCUGGCAGCAAUCCUUUCGCCCGCAAGUUCACCUCCUCUACUCCUUUCCUUGAAAAUAGAAACAAGCUAGGGUCAGGGGGAGCUGCCUUUCCAAAGUGCAUGAGCAGCGACAUUUUGCCUUAUCAGCCUGGAGAGGUAGGAGCUGCUCAACAGCUAAAGACAAUUGAAGAAGGGACCUGCGUUCGACGAGGGUCACAUAGAGAGAGGUUCGUACCCAAGGUAACUGAGUCUUGCGGAUUCCGAAGAGCCUCUGCGGAUCACGCAGAAAAAAAACGCUAUGCAGCUGCCCAAUCCAGAGAUCGGAAGAGCAAUGCUUCCAGUGAUUUACAAAACGUCACAGCUGCUGCGUCUAAGGCUCUAUCUCAGGAGACCUGCUCUAUUAGGGCAAAGAACAGCACAAUCAGCCGUUAUGUCUCUUUACCAGCAUUUUCUGCUGCAGACCGUAAGCGGAUCAAUCUCUUUAAGGAAGGGCUGCCUCAAAGUUUGAGCACACAGGAGGCACUACGGCGGAAGGAGGAACGGGUGUUCGACAAGAGCGAAGAGAAGGCAGUGCUGCCGAGGCCCAUAGGAGACGGUCCUGAUUUGAUGGACCCUGUGGACUGGCGUUCACUUCUGAAUGCAGCGGGGCUCGGUGAUAUCGCGGAUGAGGACAUUACUCUGGAGGCUGAAGAGCUGCAGGCCAGGCUUGAUGAAUAUGCACCCAGAUCCCCUGUCAGCUGGUGUACCGCCCUCUUAGGCUGUUUAUGGCAGUGGCGGCUGUAA